AUGACAACACCAAAGGGGUUUUUAAGUGUUGAUGAAAUUGUCAAGAAAGUCACUGCUAAAAUUGAUAACAAUUCACUUUUAAAAGAGGUGGUGGAAUACAACGAGAAGACGCAGAAGCCUUUGAGUAUUAUAGAAAUAUCCCCAAGACUGUUAGCAGAGCAGUUGUAUGUCACCGAUUUGUAUUUGAUCAAAAAGGUGUCAAUAGGCGAUUUUUUGAGUGAAAGUGCACUCUCGAAAAAGUACUCACAAGACUUGAACAGUAUCAUUUCUGCAUUUGGAAAAACCGUUGGCGUUGCAACAAACAAAACUGAGAUAUUUGAAUUUUUCAUUAGUGUGGCGUAUGAGUGUUUGGAGAUCUCAGAGUACAACUUUGGGUAUCUCAUUUAUUGCGAAUUCACUUCAUUGAGCAUCAAAAUGGAAUAUGCAGAAGCAUUUGAACACGUGGGAAAAGCAAUAAAAGAAAAGUUCAACAAACUCAACAACAUCUUUUUUAUUUCAAAAAAGAACACUUACUUCAAGCACUUCGACAAAGUCACUACAAACAAAUUCCCAAUCACCUCUUAUAUGACUGCAGCAAUUGUUGCAAGCAAUGUCACAAAAAUGAAAGACUUCAGUGGUGAAGAUUAUAACCACAAUUUUGUAAGUCGAAUGAAUAUCCCAGGUAACGUAAUGGUUGCGUUAUACAACGUUUUGAAAAGUACUAUUAAAUACAUGCAUCAUAAAUUGAUACAAAAGUACUUGGUGAUGUGUCUCAAUGGAUUUGAGUCUGUAUAA